AUGACGAAUACCGUCACUCCCGCAGAUGCUCUUGCCGUAGCCGAUUUGCGUGAACGCGUACAGGCUUUGGAAGUGGGACAGGAAUACGAUGCCACGCAAGCGGCGGUCCGGGACGUUCAGAUCGAAUGUUUGACCCAACUCCGUGCCAUUCAAGCAGCACUCGUUCAAGACGGAAACUCUACGGUCGCCACUACCGCAGCAUCAGCGUCAUCACCACCACCACCACACGUGGCCAAUCUUCAAAAUGAAAACGAACUUUUGCGACAACGAAACGCGAAAUUGGAGUACCGCGUCCAACAUCUACUCGCUUCCAUGGAAGUGCUCUACAACCAAGCAAGGUCCAACCCAGGCGUACCCUAA